AAAAGUCAAAAAAGAAAGAAAUAUAGCAAUAGUGCUGCUUCUAAAAUUGCAAUUCGCUGUACGUUUAAGUGUAAAGUGUGUGUAAUUAGUUAAUUGCUAUUUGUGUUGCGCAUUAACAGUGUGAGUGCCACGGACACGGCUCAAAAUCAAAAGCAUUCAAAGAAACAGAAGUCGUCGCCGUAGCCGGACCAAUACUCGUGCAUAUUAUUUCGUCGCCGUUGUCGGCGUGACCACGACACGCUAUUUUAGGAAUAGGAAUAAACAACAACAGCAGCAGGCAUGUCCCUCUCUGAGUCAGCAUCCUGCACGACGAGCAACAGAGCCAAUAGCUCGGAGGCUCCAUUGUGCAAGCGGAUGAAAUUAAAUGAAGCCGGCGAUGAUGGCGAAGCCGGUGGUGGUGGAGCCUCUACGCUGCCAGAAGCAUCAUCAAGUAGCAGCGACAGCAGCAGUCGGCGCAAGCUCGCUGCGAAUAGCAGCAGCAGCAACAACAACUGCGAAAAUCACGGCAAAGCAGCAGACGACGUUGACAUGUUGAAUGUGACAGAGACAGCUAGUGUUGCGUCUGCUGUCGAAACAGACUUGUGUGUAUCGUCGUCUACUUCUGACUCGUAUGCAGGCAAUACGUCAAAGCAAGCAGCAGCUGCCGGUGGCGGGGACGUUAGUACAUCGUCAGCAGUGAAUAAGGAAAGUAGUGGCGUUAACAAUUGUGCUGCAUCGUCCUCAUCGAAAAUUAUUAAUUCACUGGACACGGAAUCGGAAUCAGCCGCUGCGCGCACUGUCAGCUCAACCAACUCCAACGUCAGCUCCACCAACAACUCCCACUGUACCAGUAACAACAAUAACAGUAACAGCAGUGCAGCAGUUAUGGCUGCCAACAACAGCAACAGCGCUGCCGCUGGCGGAGACAUCGAUGAAUCGCUAUAUUCGCGCCAACUUUAUGUGCUUGGACACGAUGCGAUGCGACGCAUGGCCAAGUCGGACAUUCUGAUUUCUGGCUUGGGAGGAUUGGGUCUGGAGAUAGCAAAGAACGUGAUUUUGGGCGGCGUUAAAUCGAUCACCCUGCAUGACACAGCAACUUGUACGGGUAAGUGCCUCAACGACUUGUCAUCGCAGUUCUAUCUGUCCCAAUCGGACAUUGGCAAGAAUCGCGCGGAGGCAUCGUGCGCCCAAUUGGCGGAGCUCAACAACUAUGUGCGAACUGUAUCCUACACUGGCCCCCUGUCGGAUGACGAGCUGGCUAAGUACCGUGUGAUUGUGUUGACCAACUCGAAUGUUGCGGAACAGGAGCGCAUUGGCAAAUUUGCCCACGACAAUAACAUUGCCCUCAUCAUUGCUGAGACCCGCGGCUUGUUUGCCAAGGUGUUCUGUGACUUUGGCGAGAAUUUCACCAUCUAUGAUCAGGAUGGUGCUCAGCCCAUCUCGACAAUGAUCGCUAGUGUUACCCACGAUGCGCAGGGAGUGGUCACCUGCCUGGAUGAGACUCGCCAUGGAUUCAAUGAUGGUGACUAUGUCACCUUCUCAGAGGUGCAGGGAAUGCAACAGUUGAAUAAUAGCCAGCCCAUUAAGAUCAGCGUCCUGGGUCCGUACACUUUCAGCAUUGGUGACACUAGCAAGUUUGAUGCCUACAAGUCCGGAGGCGUGGCCACGCAGGUGAAAAUGCCGAAAACCAUUAGCUUCAAGUCGCUGGCCGAGGCAGCUGCAAAUCCCGAGUUCAUGAUAUCCGAUUUUGCCAAGCUGGAGGCGCCAGCUACGCUACAUGCGGCGUUUAGCGCUCUUGGCAACUAUGUGACAAAGAAUGGCAGGUUACCGCGUCCCUGGAACGAUGAGGAUGCUGCUCAGUUUCUGGAUAUCACUAAGGGCUUGAACGCCGACGUAGAUGAGAAGUUGGUGCUGCAGUUUGCCAAAAUUUGUGCCGGCAAUACAUGCCCUAUUGAUGCCGCCAUUGGCGGUAUUGUUGCCCAGGAGGUGCUCAAGGCCUGCAGCGGCAAAUUCACACCCAUCUAUCAGUGGUUGUACUUCGACUCUCUCGAGAGCUUGCCAGCUGAUCCUGUAACUGAAGAUGAUGCACAGCCUUUGGGAACACGUUACGAUGCACAGAUUGCAAUCUUUGGCCGCAAGUUCCAGGAGAAAUUGGCUAGUUCCAAAUGGUUCAUUGUGGGCGCUGGCGCCAUUGGAUGUGAGCUACUUAAGAACUUUGGUAUGCUUGGUUUGGGCGUUGGCGAUGGUCAGAUUUUCGUUACCGACAUGGAUCUCAUUGAGAAAUCGAAUUUGAAUCGUCAAUUCUUGUUCCGUCCUCAUGACGUUCAGAAGGCAAAGGCUUUGACUGCCGCCACAGCGAUUAAGCGUAUGAAUCCUGAUGUUAAGGUUACUGCACAUGAGCUGCGCGUUGGAGCCGAGACAGAGAAGGUCUUCUCCGAGGACUUUUUCGGUAAUCUAAAUGGCGUGGCCAAUGCUCUGGAUAAUGUUGAUGCUCGCAUCUACAUGGAUCGCAAGUGCAUCUUCAAUCGCAUACCACUUGUCGAGACUGGUACACUGGGUACCAUGGGCAAUGUUCAGGUCAUUGUGCCAUUUGCCACCGAAUCGUACAGCUCCUCACAGGAUCCCCCAGAAAAGAGCAUACCCAUCUGUACGUUGAAAAACUUCCCUAAUGCCAUCGAGCAUACUCUGCAAUGGGCACGCGACUCCUUCGAAGGUGUGUUCAAACAGGCUGCUGAGAAUGCUGCACAAUACAUUGCAGAUCCGCAGUUCACCGAACGCAUACUCAAAUUGCCUGGCAUCCAGCCGUUGGAGAUUCUCGAAUCAGUCAAGAAAGCAUUGCUGGAUGACAAGCCAAAAAGUUUUGCGGAUUGUGUGGAGUGGGCCCGUCUCCACUGGGAAGAUCAGUAUGCCAAUCAAAUUAAACAGCUGCUCUUUAAUUUCCCACCGGAUCAGGUGACAUCAAGUGGUCAUCCCUUUUGGUCAGGUCCAAAACGCUGCCCUGAACCACUUGUUUUUGAUGUAGAGGACUCGAUGCAUUUGGAUUAUAUCUACGCAGCGGCCAACCUGCGUGCAGAAGUUUAUGGCAUACCCCAAGUUCGUGAUCGUCAGAAGAUAGCUGAGCUGGUGCAACAAGUUAAGGUUCCCGAAUUUAAACCACGUUCUGGUGUGAAAAUUGAAACAAAUGAGGCAGCUGCUGCUGCGGCAGCUAAUAACUUUGACGAUGGUGAGGUGGAUCAGGAUCGUGUGGAUAAGAUCAUCAAUGAGCUGAUUAAGAAUGCCGACAAGGGCUCCAAGAUUACGCCUUUAGAGUUCGAAAAAGAUGAUGAUAACAAUCUGCAUAUGGAUUACAUCGUUGCCUGCUCCAAUUUGCGUGCGACCAAUUACAAAAUUUCACCGGCCGACCGCCAUAAAUCAAAGCUGAUUGCUGGUAAAAUUAUUCCGGCUAUUGCCACCACCACAUCGGUACUGUCCGGUCUGGCUGUGCUGGAAGUGAUAAAACUAAUUGGCGGUCACAAGGAGUUGAGCCAGUUCAAGAAUGGAUUCGCCAAUUUGGCGCUACCCCUUCUGGCAUUCUCAGAGCCAUUGGGGGCGAACAAGAAUAAGUACUACGACAAGGAAUGGACUUUGUGGGAUCGCUUUGAAGUCAAUGGCGAAAUGACGCUGCAGGAGUUCCUAAAUUACUUUGACGAAAAGGAGAAACUAAAGAUAACUAUGCUGUCGCAGGGCGUCUCAAUGCUCUACUCAUUCUUUAUGCCCAAGGCCAAGUGCGCGGAGCGCUUGCCACUGCUCAUGUCUGAGGUGGUGCGUCGGGUGUCCAAGCGUCGCAUUGAGCCUUAUGAGCGCUCGCUGGUCUUUGAAAUCUGCUGCAACGAUGACAGCGGUGAGGAUGUGGAGGUGCCCUAUGUUCGUUACACGUUGCCCUAAACGAAGGCUGCGACCACGUCCACGACCCCUAAUCUUAAUUGUAACGGUUAAAUUAUUAUUUAAAGAAACAAACAUUUUGUCGUCGCGUUUGAAGUUAUGCGCCUGGAAAUUUGAACUGUGUGUUGCGCGUAUUGCAUUUCAAUUAACAACAACACCAAUCACCACCACACAUACACACAAUUAUAUUAAACACCCUUCACACUCACAUUCACAUGUACAUCCAUCUAAUUGGAAUUAUAAAUUUUAAAUUACAAAUGUAUGUGUAAUCCUAUAAGGAAAGGCAACUAUUGAAUUUGCGUUACACAAAAAAAAAAAAAACAAAGACUCGACUUAAAAACUAAAAGAAAUGAAUCGAAAAA